AUGUCAUCAUACUUGCCGGUAAGCGAACGGGAGAGCGCUUGGGUCUUCCUUACCGAGGGAGACACGGAGGCCGCUGUGCUGGAUUUGAAUGGAGUCUACGUGCUGCUCGAUGGCGGCGCGCAAGCUAUUGACAUGUUUUCACUUUUCAGGAGCCCUGAAUUGGCUGUACUUUCUACUAGUGCUCCUAGCACCCUUGCUAAUGUCGCGGCCCUCAAUGACAAACAGGUGAAUGUGCCUGUCCUCGGCAAGGUGCCCCGCUCGGCAUCUGGCAACAACAGUGAUACGGCCCGGCUGAUUCAACGCUUGAGUGCGGGAAAGACCAAUGUCAUUACCCCGAAACCGGUGGAUGUAAAGAAGAUUGAGCCGUUUGUGGCUUUCAAGAGCCUCCGUACUGGAACAUUGGAGAUUUACGUGCUUCACGCGGAGCCACGUGAAUUUGACGCCUUGCAGAAGGCUGUAGACGCCGGAGACGAGCAGAAGAUCCUUGAUGCUGCGAGAGUGGCGUCGAUGAUCUCGCUAAUCGUCUUUGUGCCGGUGGCCCAUGAUAAGCUCGUCAAACGCAUCUUGCACACCGGAAAUGCUUCAUACGAGAAGAUCGUGGCAGCGGUGGACAAGCUGAAGACACUUCCUCUGGUUACGGAACCGACGAUCACCGUGGAGCAGUACCGCAAGGGUGGCACUGCCAAGCCCCCGCCUAAGAUUGCCGCGCCAGCAAGGGUGCCUGCUGCAGCUGCGAAGCCUACUCCCUCUGCUCGACCGCCAACUGCGAAGCCAAACACGGCUCCUACGAAGCCAGUUCGGACGGCACCCGUUGCCCCAUCGGCCCCACGACAGCCUUCCUCUGCAUCCAGAGGCGUUGCCGCUUCAUCGCGCCCCAGUGCAACCACAUCGUCUGCUGCCCGUCCGGUUCCCGCAAAGUCCACCAACACGCGCGUGCCGCCUGCAGCGCCCGAGAAGCAGCUGAUCAAAAAGACUGUG